UUUUUUUUCUUUCUUCCAAUUUCACAGAGAUUGCUGAACUUUCCCAAGGGAACGAAAAAUAUGCUCGCAUGCAUUCCCCUUUACGUGCUUGAAGGUGUUUCUCGAGUUGCAUGUGAGAGACAAUUAUUGAAAAAAAAAAAAAGAAGAAUGGAAGAAAUUUAUGUAUUACCUCCUCUUUACAAUCCAAAACCAAGACAAUGGUUUGUGUCUGCAGGGCCAAUAGUGUUCGUGCUGGAUAAGAAGCCUGCAGUACAAAGCCUGUUUCCUAAGACUGAGUUCCAACAUUGUCACCGGUUUCCCUUCAAAAGAAUACCAUUGCAUUUUAUCAGUGUUUACCAACAGCGGCGUGAAAAUCCAAAUCAAACAUGUUAUAUUGUUGUGCUUGCAUGUCUUUGGACACAGGCCAGAGAUGGGGAGGGUGGCUGGGAAUAAGACAGGCUUUUACAAUGAAAAGUUCACUUAAAAGCACAAAGCAGAAAAGAAGUCUUUAGUGUACAGGAAAGAAGGGGGAGCCAGAGGGGGGAGGAAACUGCCUGGGAACAAGGUGACGCCUACAGUACGUGACUCACUGACUGGACCUGACAAGCAGAGAAAAGGGAAGUCCCGAAACAUUUAGCCCUACUUCUAUUUGAUGUUGGCAGUAACAGCUGAUCUAGAUCUAGGAACUGUCAUCUUUAAGUAGAUUAUUUCUCACAAUGUAACGCCAACUGCUUUUAAGAUACUGUUUCAUUCCAGGCCAUAAAUCUAUGUGUGAAUUUCUUUUGCACCUUAACCCCUGAGAAAGUGAACACAAGUGUGGAGGAGCUCUCGACUCUAUUGUUUGUCUCGACUCUGGAGAGGUGUUAUGGAUCUACAGUGUUUCCUGUGCUGGAGAGUCGCCCUGCUGCUUCUUUUGAUGCCAUGUGGGUUCCAGUGCAUGUCAGUUCACAUCAUCAAUGAGCAGCCUGUGCAUGUUAUCCCCAGUUCCAAUCUGGUUCUGAAAGCUCGGAUUGAGCCGGGACCCCAGGAGGAGAUCGCCUUGAUAACAUGGGAACGGGAACCCGAAACCGGACUUGCUCCAGAGAGAGUGACCCUUGCCAAGUGUCCCAGCAAGAGCAAGUGUUCCUAUAAGAGGCCGAAUGUCCAUGUGAAAGUGGAACAGCAGGAGGCGACACUUGAGAUUGUUGGCUACAGCAACUCGGACAGCGGCAUUUACGCUGUGACUGUGACUGAUCAAACAGGGGUGAAGACCACUGGACACUGCAUCGUCAGGAUAUAUGAGGCGGUGCACCACGUUUCAGUCAGCAUCAACAUGUCCCACUCCUCGCUGGUUUGUGGCGAGGCCUGGGGGACGGACCCUCACUUCAGCUGGCUCCAUGAGAGAGCCCCCGUCACCAAGAGUGUGGGAAGUGUCUCAGAAGAUGGAACAACAUUGAUUGUUACCAUGACUCCUUUCUGUGGCCACUUCACGUGCAUGGUCAGCAACAAACUGGGCUACAGUUCAGCCAUCUACACUGCAGCGCCUUGCAGGACAGAGGGCAGAGGGACAACAGCCGCUGUAGUGUGUCUCGUCCUCCUGCUGCUGCUGUUUGGAGGACUGCUGGCAUUUAUGCUGUGGAGGAGACAGAGGCGCGCUAACAGAGGAGUGAGGCUGCACGAACAUUUGGAUGACACCAUCUGAAAAAAGGCGUCUAAGAUACACUUCUGGAUACUCGAAAUGUCUCCGAGAGAAGAACAGGAAAUGAACUGGAAUUUCCUGUCCUGUGAGCAGUAUGACCUUACACUGCGUUGGAACAAUGUGAAGAGUGAACUGCUUUCUGGCAAAUAGGAAAAUAUCUAAAACUUGAUAUUUAGCCCACAAAGAGCCAGCAAUGUCUUUACAGUGCCUCCUGCUGGACCGCACCUGAUGCUGUGUAUUUAAUAAAAGUAAUCAUUUUGUAUCAACCGCACAUCGUAUUGAAAUGUAAUAAAAAUCCUUUCACAGAAUGUGAUAAAAA